AUGGCAAGCAGCGCACCCAACCCGUUUGACGACCCGGCUGGUUCCGGAGUCGAUGUAUCGUCCACAACCGAUAUGCUCACAGCAGCCGCUGUGCUUAAUGUGGACCGUAAUGCGACACUGACUCUUGGUACGGAUGCUUUGAUUGUAUUGGACGACGGACUGAAGCACAGGAGAAGGCCUGAUAAUCUCUGCGGCCUGCUGCCCCAAUUAUCGAAGACGACUCGAGCGGUGCCUUUUUACAACAUCCUUUGGGCGGAACUUAGUGAUUUCGAAAUUACGAUCAAGUAUGCGCAGCCAUCUGGGAAGAAGGCUUGCAAGGUCGGGUCUAUCCACUACUCGGUGACGGACAAGAGUCUAUAUGCGCAUGCGAAGCAGUGGGUAGCUGCACUUGUGAACAGAGCGUACCCAUCCAAUACCAAGCGCAGAAAGAGGAUUAAGGUCCUGGUCAACCCUUUUGGCGGGCAGGGCAAAGCGCAACAGCUCUGGACACGCGAAGUGGAGCCUAUCUUCGCUGCGGCGCAAUGCGAUGUGGACGUUGAGAAGACGGCGUAUCGAGGGCAUGCGAAGGAGAUAGCAGAGAAGAUGGAUGUGGACGCUUUCGAUGUUGUGGCUUGCGCUAGUGGUGAUGGUCUGCCUCAUGAAGUGUUUAAUGGUCUGGCGAAGCAAAAGUAUGCGCGAAAGGCUCUGCGACAAGUAGCUGUCACGCAGAUACCUUGCGGCAGUGGUAAUGCUCUGAGCCUGAAUAUCAACGGGACUGACUCACCCAGCCUGGCUGCUGUAGCUAUCGUCAAGGGCGUCAGGACGCCUAUGGAUCUUAUGGCUAUCACACAAGGCAGCGAGCGAUACUACAGCUUCCUGUCACAAGCAGUCGGCAUUGUGGCAGAGAGUGAUCUGGGUACCGAAACUUUGCGAUGGAUGGGACCCUUCCGAUUUACAUGGGGGAUUCUCAUCCGCAUCGUAGGCCAGACUAUCUACCCUGCAGAAGUCUCCAUCGUCCUUGAUAGUAGCGAUAAGCAUGCCAUCCGCGAGUCUUACCGGCAUGCCGUUUCAGAGCAUCAAUCUGCUCUAGACGACAACAUGACACUUUCACCAGACGAAGACACCCGUGCGACAUUUGACACUGAGCUGUUACCAGGUCUGAAGUAUGGUACUGUGGCAGAUCCGUUACCAGCGACUUUCGAGACCGCAGAUCUACCUACCUUGGGCAACUUCUACACAGGCAACAUGGUAUGGAUGUCGCCAGACGCUCCGUUCUUCCAGGCUGCGCUGCCAGCCGAUGGCAAGAUGGACAUGAUAAACAUCGACGGCAUGCUCUCACGGAUGACGGCUUUGCGAAUGCUAAGCAGUGUCGAGCAUGGCAAAUUGAUGGCCUUCCCGGAAGUCUCUUACCGGAAAGUACUCGCCUACAGGAUCUCGCCGAGGAUGGCGCCAACACCUUCUACACGCCGAGUACGUGCCAAGAUCGGACGUUGGCUAGGCGGAGCCGGGAAGCAAAAGCAAGGUCUGGUAGCAGUCGAUGGCGAGAGUGUGCCAUUCGAGCCUUUUCAGGUGGAGGUUGUGCCUUCAUUAGGCACUGUCUUGAGCAAACGCGGUGCAAUAUACGAGCUUGAUCCUGCGUUGGGUCCAUGA